AUUUUCAAGAGGCUGCAAAGUCUGUGGAGUUUAGCCAGCAGACUCUUCUGCCCUCCUUUGCUGGCGACAGUCUCCCAAAUGCAGAUGGCUGUGCUCCCUUGCCUGGGUCUUAUCCUGCUUCUCUGGAGCCAGGUGCCAGGGGUCCAGGGCCAAGAAUUCCAAUUUGGGCCCUGCCAAGUGAAGGGGGUUGUUCCCCAGAAACUGUGGGAAGCCUUCUGGGCUGUGAAAGACACUGUGCAAUCUCAGGAUAACAUCAGGAGUGUCCGGCUGCUGCAGCAAGAGGUUCUGCAGAAUGUCUCGGAUGCUGAGAGCUGUUACCUUGUCCACACCCUGCUGGAGUUCUACUUGAAAACCGUUUUCAAAAACUACCACAAUAGAACAGUUGAAGUCAGGACUCUGAAGUCAUUCUCUACUCUGGCCAACAACUUUGUUCUCAUCGUGUCACAACUGCAACCCAGUCAGGAAAAUGAGAUGCUUUCCAUCAGAGACAGUGCACACAGGCGGUUUCUGCUAUUCCGGAGAGCAUUCAAACAGUUGGACAUAGAAGCAGCUCUGACCAAAGCCCUUGGGGAAGUGGACAUUCUUCUGACCUGGAUGCAGCAAUUCUACAAGCUCUGAAUGUCUAGAUCAGGACCCCCCUUCCCCCACUGGUUCAUUCCCUGUGUCAUUUCAAACAGUCUCCCUUCCUAUGCUGUUCACUGGACACUUCAUACCCUUGGCCAUGGGUCCCAUUUUUGGCCCAGGAUUAUUGUCAAAGAAGUCAUUCUUUAAGCAGCCCCAGUGACAGUCAGGGAAGGUGCCUCUGGAUGCUGUGAAGAGUCUACAAAGAAGAUUCCUGUAUUUAUUACAACUCUAUUUAAUUAAUGUCAGUAUUUCAACUGAAGUUCUAUUUAUUUGUGAGACUGUAAGUUACAUGAAGGCAGCAGAAUAUUGUGCCCCAUGCUUCUUUACCCCUCACAAUCCUUGCCACAAUGUGGGGCAGUGGAUGGGUGCUCAGUAAGUACUUAAUAAACUGUGGUGGUUUUUUUGGUCUGUCUUUGGAUUGUUAAAAAACAGAGAGGGAUGAUGGCAUGUAAAACUGAACUUUAGAGUGUGAAAAUCACACUGUCUUCUGAUAUCUGCAGGGACAGAGCAUUGGGGUGGGGGUAAGGUGCAUCGGUUUGAAAAGCAAAUGAUAAAAUGUGGAUUAAAGUGCCCAGCACAAAGCAGAUCCUCACUAAACAUUUCAUUUCCCACCCACACUCACCAACCCACCCCAUCAUCCCUUUCCCUUGGUGCCCUCCUUUUUUUUUGUCCUAGUCAUUCUUCCCUAAUGUGCCACUUGAGUGUCAAGCUGACCUUGCUGAUGGUGACAUUGCACUUGGAUGUACCAUCCAAUCUGUGAUGACAUUCCCUGCUAAUAAAAGACAACACAACUCAA